GGCUACUUGGGUGAUGACCGAUGAUUUGAUUGGAUCGGAGUUGAUAGUGGGAAGUGUCAGUACGCCGGUAUCUCCCUGGUUGCGCAAGACGCCAUUUUGGAGUGACAGCGACAGAAAGGAAAGAUCGAGAAGCUGUCGUUUAUUUUUUUUUAAAAGCUUCGUCACCAUGGGGAAUGUAUUUGCAAGUUUAUUCAAGGGCCUGUUUGGCAAAAAAGAAAUGAGGAUCCUCAUGGUUGGACUUGAUGCUGCUGGGAAAACGACCAUAUUAUAUAAACUGAAACUUGGCGAGAUUGUCACCACUAUUCCCACCAUCGGUUUUAAUGUUGAAACUGUAGAAUACAAGAACAUCAGUUUCACAGUGUGGGAUGUGGGUGGUCAGGACAAAAUUAGGCCGCUGUGGCGCCACUACUUUCAGAACACUCAAGGGCUCAUCUUUGUGGUGGACAGCAAUGACAGAGAGAGGGUAAAUGAGGCGAGAGAGGAGUUGUCCAGAAUGCUUUCUGAAGAUGAACUCAGAGAGGCCGUGCUGCUUGUUUUUGCCAACAAACAGGAUCUCCCCAAUGCUAUGAAUGCCGCAGAGAUCACAGACAAGCUGGGUUUGCAUUCCCUCCGCCAGCGCAACUGGUACAUCCAGGCCACCUGUGCCACCAGUGGUGAUGGCUUAUAUGAAGGCCUGGACUGGCUGUCCAACCAGCUGAAGAACCAGAAAUGAUCCAUUCCAUGAGCUUUUUCUUUUUUCUUUUCUCUUUUGUUUUAUUUUUAUUGUUUUCUUUUUCUGUUUCAACACAGCGGCAGCACCAGAUCCAGACCCUUCACUCCCAUUUAACUUGAUUUUCCAACCCCUGCCUUUUUUUUUUUCUUCUUCUUCUUUAUAGAAACCUCUCUCCUUCCCUCCCUGCUUUCUCCCUUUGUCGUUGUUGUGGUGGAGGGGCUGUAGCCUGUGCUGCUCGUGUGUGUGUGUGUGAGUGUGUGCGACCCUCGAGUGUUCCGUGAGAGUGGGCGUGGGUGUGAAGGCGUCUCUGUGUAUGUUGGCUGGGAUUGGAGUAACCCUGGCGUGCCUUUUACACACCUUCUGUGGAAUCAGCAGUCUGGUUUCAAAACUCCGCCAUCCACCAAAAACCCGGCUUCUCCCCCCGGCCUUCCUCUCCACCCAGCCUUGCACGGCCUCUCUUCUUCUCCUCACCCUUCCUCCUCCAGAGGAAGCAUGGUUAUAAGGCAAAGAAAGUGUAAGGGUGCUCCCCUAUCGUUAUAUAAGGAGAAAUGUUGGCCUGGUGUAGACCUAAUGCUAUAAAUGUUCGUUUUACCGACUUUGAUUUUUGAAACCUCAGCCCGCCUUUAAGAGAAUCAGUAAAUUGCAUCUUAACCUGUAUCAGGUAAAAGCAAAUCAAAUAUUGGGUGGGGGAGGGAAAGAAAGCGCCCAUCCCUGAGCAUUCUGGUGUCACUUGAAAGUCAUGCUAUUUUAUUAUUUUUGUAUUGGAAUCGAACAUUCUCCUUAGCACUUGUUCUCCAGUGAACACUAACAUUUCUAAAUGCCAGUAAGACCAUGAAGCACAAGGCAAGCCAACAGAUCGACCAGUAGGGGUGGAAAAAGUUCACAUCUCAGCAGUGUUUUACUUCGCGCCAAUUCAGCAUUUCCUCAUCUGGUACUUAUAAGCAUUGUCUUUUGUCACAACGUUCUGUAUAAUUAAUUGUUCUGACCGUGUUCUUCCAAUGUAGGUCAACAGUACACUUUCAGGCAUGUUUCAUAAUCAUGGCCUAAAGGUGACAAAUUCCACACGUAUCUUAACACUUUUGGAGGAUUUCUUUUUCUGUAACUAGUUUUAGCAUUUGUAUUAUCACUGAACCAAAUGCAGUAUGACAAAUCUUGUUUGACAGAAUAUUCUCGUGUACCUCAAAACAGCAUAUGAUUUGAACUGAGGUGGGCAGCAGUUUGACAUUGGAAACAAAACUGGGUAACAUCCCGCAAUUGAAUAUCAUGCUCAUUAUGAAGGAAAAGGCACCAGAUCUAAAGGCUCUUUAACUGUGACUGCUCCAGGCAUUUGAAGAACGGAGGCUUGUGUGAGAUGCUUAGGUGUUGGUAGGCUACUACACAUUAUAGCACUGUAUGUUUAAUGACUGAAUUACUCAAGACCAAUAAAUUGAGUACUGGCAGCAGUACUUCAUCUCCGAGCUGGAAGGACUGAUAAUAUACGUGUUAAGGGGGAAUGGGUGUGCAGUUAACCACUCAUGACGUCCAGCAGCCAUCCUCGGUGUUGAACCAUGGGCUGCAUGGGGGAGGUCAAGCUGGCAGUUGUCAAGAAAUAAUUGUAAAUCUGUAAGUUCCCCUGUAAACUGUUUCUGUGGGGAUUUCCUCAACACAUUAAUAAACAUGAUUUGAUCCAA